GCCUCGCAAAUGUCGUCAAGGCAUUCGACCCCUUGAGUAUGUUUGACAGCGGAAGCAAUCAAGUCAGCAACCAGACCCGCAAUGUCAUCGGCACCACCAUGUCAGACUCGGACGUCAAGAACAUCGUCAACGCUUGCUCCAACAAUAUGGCCGCUUACCAGACAAACGUCAUCGACAACUCACAGUGUGAGUACUGCAAGACCCACGACUGCAGCAUGGCCAAUAUCAGCCAGACCAAUGUGAAUGACGCCGUUCAGCAGUGCACCAUGACAUCGAUGGUCCAGACACUCAUGGCCCAGACCAACAGCGUGGAUAGCCAGGCUGUGGCAUCCGCCAUCCAGAAGGCUCAGGGCCUGCUCUCUGGCAGCAACUCCAGCUCCAACAACAACUGCAACUUGGUCAGCACCAACAUGGACACGAGCACAUACCUGAACCUGCAGAACUCGUGUGCUUCGCAGCUCUCCGCUAUCCAGAAGAACCAGUUCGCACCCUGUGCCACAGCAAUCGGCAUCAUUCAGUCCAACUCCAACAAAUCAUACCAGCAGUGCAUGCUCGACAACAAAGCCAUCACUCAAAUCGCACAGGGCAAUACAACCAAGACAUCGAGUCAGUUCUCGUCUGACCAGACGACUUCCGGUCUCGACUCGACAGCGAUCAUUGCCCUGGUUGCUGCAUGCCUCUGCUGUUGCUGCUGCAUCUCGUCGAUUGCAGCCAUCGGGUACUAUGCUUACCAAAGCAUCGAUUCUGGGAGCGGCAGCAGCGGACCGGGUGGUAUGCCAUCACCAGCAUCCAUCGUGAGCAAGCUCAAGAAGUAGCCGCAGGUGGUGGGUAUGCCGAGUUGAUGGAGGUCGUGCUCGGUGCAAAGAGCAUAUUGACGAUCGAGCGAUUGUCGCUGUUCAAAAUGACAUCACACGGGUCGUUCGCUGCUUCGUAUCCUGUGCGGUUCCAGAGCUUGGAGUUGGUCGAGUUGGGUCCACAGGUGUAGAUGUCGAGAUUCAGCGUCUGCACCGGUGUUGUACAUGCACUCGGCGUUGUUCUGGUUGAUGCGUGCAACAGUAUACAUCUUGAUGGUCGGGACGUAGACGCAGGACCAUGGUGUUGUCGAGUGGGUCUUGUUGUACUGGUAGAGUCCAAAUCCUCCGCCUGUGGUCAGGAGCG